UUAGUUCUACUUCAUUAUACCCCGGCGGGUGGGAAGCAGAUUCCGUCUGCUCCGGCGAGCAAUAUGGAAGACGGUGACUCCGACGCGCCGGUCGGUGGCUCCUCAACAACCACAUCUCGUCACGCUUUCGAAGACGACGCCGGAAAAACGGUCUUCUCUGUUUCAAUAAUCGAGAAUACGGAAGAGGAAUACGGCCUUUAUGUGUGGCCCUGUAGUAUUGUUCUUGCCGAGUAUGUUUGGCAGCAGAAAACUCGAUUUGCUGGUGCAAAUGUCGUUGAGCUCGGUGCUGGUACUUCAUUGCCUGGAUUGGUUGCGGCAAAAUUGGGCGCUGAUGUCACGUUGACUGAUGAUGCUAAUAGAGUGGAGGUGCUGGAAAAUAUCAGGAGAGUUUGUGACCUGAAUAAUCUCAAUUGCAAUGUUCUAGGACUGACAUGGGGGGUCUGGGACAUAUCAAUAUUCAGUUUACGACCUACAAUCAUUAUUGGGGCUGAUGUUUUGUACGAAAACAGUGCAUUUGAUGAUCUCUUUUCUACCGUGGCCUUUCUUCUCCAAAGUUCACCAGGGUCAGUCUUUAUAACAACCUACCACAAUCGCAGUGGGCAUCAUCUCAUUGAGUUCUUGAUGGUCAAAUGGGGGUUGAAGUGUGAGAAGCUUCUUGAUGGCUUUGCAUUCAUGCCAUCGCAUAAGGCAUCAAACCUGAGUGGCAACAUUCAAUUGGCUGAGAUUGUUCUUAAUUGCGAACCAGUCAAGGAGACUUCUAUGGUGAAAUAACAAAGUUCGUGAGAAAUAUCGAAGGAGGCGAAACAAUGUGGCGGUAAUUUUACAUCGUGGAUGUAUGAGAGUUGUUAUUAAGUCAUAUAGGUUUCGAAGGACAGUCGCAUUCAAUAAUUCUUUAAAGCUUGGUGGAGUUAAGUUUUUAUUUUUUCUGAAGUAAGAGUUGUUAAGUUUAUUAGUCUUUCCACUUACGUGAUCUUCUCAUUAAAGUUCAAUGGUAGAUGGUAAGAAAUUUUGGAGAUAGCUGCGGUAAAAACCAGUGCAUUUGUGCAAGUUGAAACUUUAGUUAUGUAUAAGCGUUAACAUGUAUUGAAUGCUAUACGUGAUUUUGCGGUGGUAAAUUACAUAUAUUAACAGGAGCUAUUGUAAAUCACAAACCAUCAAUUAGCUAA